AUGGGCUUCAUACGCUCCGCCGUGCUUGCGGUCCUUGCGCUUGCUGCAACAUGUCAGGGGGUCAAUACUCCUGGAGCUAAGGCUGAAUCCACUGUGGAAAAGCGUGCUUCGACGUAUUGGUAUGAAAACAUUGCCCAUCAAGGUGUUGCACCAUUCGCACCCAGUGGCUACACUGUAUAUCGCAAUGUAAAGGACUUCGGCGCAAAGGGCGAUGGUGUUACCGAUGACACGGCAGCAAUUAACAAUGCCAUUUUAUCGGGAGGUCGAUGUGGUCGACUCUGCACAUCCAGCACAUUGACUCCGGCAAUAGUAUACUUUCCCGCAGGAACAUACUUGAUAUCGACUCCCAUCAUUGAUCAAUACUUAACCAACAUCGUUGGAGAUCCGACCAACCUUCCCACCAUAAAAGCGACCGCAGGUUUUAAUGGUAUUGCCCUCAUCGAUGGUGAUACCUAUUAUGGCGACAACAAUCCGAACGACCCCAACUGGAUUUCUACCAAUGUCUUCUACCGACAAGUGCGCAACUUUAAGCUUGAUAUGACGUCUAUCCCGGCUUCUGCACCCAGGAUUUAUGGUAUCCAUUGGCCGACGGCCCAAGCGACAAGCUUGCAGAACAUUCAGGUCACGAUGAGUACAGCGUCUGGAAAUCAACAAGUCGGUCUUUUCGUCGAGAAUGGUUCCGCUGGAUUCCUCACUGACAUGACCUUCAACGGUGGCCUGAUUGGUGCAAGCGUGGGCAAUCAACAGUACACAAUGCGCAACUUGGUAUUCAAUAACUGCGGGACAGCCAUUGUCAGUGGUUUCACGUGGGAGUGGGUUUACCAGGGUAUUAGCAUCAACAACUGCCAACUGGGAAUUGACAUAACGGCCGCUGAGUCCAUUACGUUGAUUGACAGUUCUAUCACUGGGACGCCAGUCGGAAUCAAAACCAGCUUCAGCGCCAACCAGUCGCCCCCUACGGCCAACAGUCUCAUCGUUGAGAACCUUUCUCUCAACAAUGUUCCAGUGGCCAUCCAAUCGGCGAGUGGUGCUACCCUUCUGGCUGGAGGAACGACGACAAUCGCUGCGUGGGGUCAGGGACACCAGUAUGUUCCCGGUGGGCCGACGACAUUUCAAGGCAGCAUCACGCCAAAUUCCCGUCCCGCGUCGCUUUUGAGCGGAUCCAAAUAUUACACGCGCUCAAAGCCUCAAUAUGAAACUUUGCCUGUUUCUUCAUUCAGGAGCGUCCGAUCUGCCGGUGCCACUGGCAAUGCGGUCACGGAUGACACCGCCGCUCUCCAAAACGUCAUCAACAGUGCAACUGCUGCGGGCCAAGUAGUGUAUUUCGAUGCUGGUAUCUAUCGUAUCACCAAAACGCUGAGUAUCCCUCCUGGCGCGAAGCUGGUAGGAGAGGAAUAUCCCAUUAUCAUGUCGUCUGGAAGUUUCUUUAAUGACCAAAACAAUCCGAAACCUGUGGUUCAAGUUGGUACACCCGGCCAAUCUGGGCAGGUGGAGUGGUCAGAUAUGAUUGUGGCUACGCAAGGCACACAAGCUGGAGCUGUUCUCAUCGAGUGGAACUUGAAUACUUCUGGAACCCCAAGUGGUAUGUGGGAUGUCCACACGAGAAUUGGUGGCUUCAAGGGAUCAAACCUCCAAGUUGCGCAAUGCCCUGUGACUGCGAGUAGUUCGGCUGUGAACACGGCUUGUAUUGGUGCUUACAUGUCCAUGCAUGUAACCGCUGGCGCAAGCAACCUUUACAUGGAGAAUAACUGGUUCUGGACCGCGGACCACGAUAUUGACGACUCAAGCAACACCCAAAUCACGAUAUUCAAUGGCAGAGGCUUGUACAUUGAGAGUACUGCAGGAACAUUCUGGCUUGUCGGAACGGCUGUUGAGCACCAUACUCUGUACCAGUAUCAAUUUGCCAACACACAAAACAUAUAUGCGGGAGUGAUUCAGACAGAGACACCUUACUACCAACCAAAUCCCAAUGCUCCGACACCUUUCGCUGUCAAUACUGCUCUAAAUGACCCUGACUUUGCCACCUCGUGCGCCGGUAAAUCUGGCCGAUGCGCCGACGCUUGGGGUCUGAGGAUCCUUAGCUCCAAGAACGUCCUCAUCUACGCCGCCGGCUUAUAUUCUUUCUUUGAGAAUAACGAUGGAAAUUCAGGUUGUGACGCAGCUCUGGGCCCCGAAAAUUGCCAAAACAACAUCGUCGAUCUCGAAGGCACACUCAGCAACAUUGGCAUUUACAACUUGGGAACUGUGGGCGUUGUCAACCAAGUCGUGGAGAAUGGAAAUGUGCUGGCGAUUGCUUCCGCCAAUGUCAAUGCUUUCGCUGAUAUCGUGGCUCUUUUCCGGCUUGCUUCGGGGAGCGGAGGCGUGACUCCUCCUCCUCCUUCUUCUUCAACAACAAAAUCCACAACAGGCCCUACAACAAUGUCUACCAUAACUACCAGCUCAUCGCCACCGAAGCAAACUGGAUGGAAUUUCCUAGGAUGUUACUCCGAUAACGUUAACGGCCGAACUCUGGGCAACCAGGUGCAAGUCCCAGGAGGUGCAUCUGCCAUGUCGAUAGAUGCGUGCGAAGCAGCUUGCAAAUCUGCUGGAUAUACUAUUGCAGGCGUUGAAUACUCGGGAGAAUGCUGGUGCGACAACAAAGUCCAAAAUGGAGGUGGUCCUGCCCCUGACGGAAAUGCUCAAUGUACUAUGACUUGCAGCGGUGCUCCGCAGCAAACCUGUGGAGGACCGAACCGCCUCGAUGUCUACAGCUUGGCAACCUCGACUGGGAGCGCCCCACCGCCAGUGGCCACCGGCUGGAAUUUCAGAGGAUGCUAUACAGACAGCGUCGACGCUCGAGCUUUGAUUGCCGAGUCUGUUCCCGGCGGCCCAACGUCAAUGACUGUUGAGGCAUGUCAAACUGUAUGCAAAGGCUUGGGAUACGUUCUUGCCGGCCUUGAGUUUGCUGAUGAAUGCUACUGUGGCAACAGCCUCGCGAAUGGUGCUACCAUUGCUCCGGACGGAAAUGCUCAAUGCAACAUGAAUUGCGCCGGUAACGCUGCUGAAACUUGUGGCGGUUCUAACAGAUUAGAUAUUUACAGCUAUGGCCAGGCCAAUGGCACUCAGCCACUUUAA